UUUGUUGUGCACCACUUGGAAGUGAGAUAGCUGCAUCCUUCUGUUAGUCAACGCAACUAAGUCCCCCAAUUUACUAUUUAGAGGGAGCCUUUCACUGUGAUGGUUCUGUGCUCAUGAAUACGAGAAAAAUAAAGAUAUGGGGGCAGCUGCUCUGGCUUAUAAAUGUAUGGAAGUAGCUUAUUUAAGGAUAACUUAUGCUUCCCAUGGUAACAUAGGCAGAUGCAGAUAUGAGUUGCAAGCAGCUUUGCAAGUGAUUCCUUCAGGCGAGUCUCCGUCCUUUGCUUCUGAUGGUGAAAAUUCAAACCAUACAUUGGCAGCAGAAAAGGUUGCUUUGUCGAACACUGUGAGAUCAUCUCCUAGCGUAACUGGAAAUCAUGUUAUCUCUUCAGGAAACAAUUCCUCAUUGUCACAGCUUUUGGCAUUUUCGCAACAUGUAAACGCUGCUAUGGAUGCCUCGAGAAAAGCGCAGAUCGCAUUUGCAGCUGCAAAGGGAAAAUCCAAAAACAGUAAUGAUGAUGGAAUAACAUCCAUCAAAAGAGCUCUUGACUUCAAUUUUCAGGACAUGGAGAAACUGUUGCAUGUGGUGAGGCUUGCGAUGGAAUCCAUAAACCGGUGAUUAUGGAAUUAUACAAUCUCAGUUUUUCAAUACUCCCACACAUGCCAUUCUCAGGGAGAAAGAAAGGAAAGCGACCUUGGAAGAUACAAAGGCCUAUAGAUAAACAUGUUUGUUCUCGCUCAAGUGUAUAGUGGUUAGGACCUCGAUUUGUGAGACUUGCUCAAGAUUAAAAGACUAAAGUUACCAUCUCGUGUUUUGUGUGUAUAAUUAAUUGUACAUAAAAAAUAUAAGAGAGCAUUAGGAAGAGGUUCCAAGGACAGUGAAACUAACUAAAAUGACUCAAUCAAAGCUUUGUGGCAGUUGUGUUUUGAAAGA